CCUCUGUUCCAUCCAAGCCCUUAGCCCCGCUGCUGUGGGCCUUACACCUCGUUAGAUCAAUCUUGAAGAUUUUCAAUUGUAGCAAUUCAGCAUGCCUUUCUCCGCGCAGAUACUGGACGACGCUCUCGGAGCAGUGGGGAACACCCCGCUCAUCAGGUUAGACAGGAUAGCCAAGCAGGAGGGCGUAGAGUGUAACCUGCUCGGCAAGCUUGAAUACACCUCCGUCGGCGGUUCCGUGAAGGACCGCAUAGCGAAACGGAUGGUCGAAGCUGCCGAGAAGGAGGGCAAGCUCGUCCCUGGCUAUAGUGUCGUCAUUGAACCUACUUCCGGCAACACCGGAAUUGGCCUCGCGUUGGCCUGUGCUGUGAAGGGAUAUUCUGUGAUCAUCACGCUGCCCAACAAGAUGUCUCUUGAGAAGGAAGCCGCCCUGCGCGCACUAGGCGCGGAAGUGGUGCGGACGCCCACCGAGGCAGCCUGGGACGCACCCGAGUCCCACAUAGGGGUGGCGCGUCGGCUUCAGCGAGAGAUUCCAGGAGGGAUAAUCCUCGAUCAGUAUGCGAACCUGAACAACCCGCUCGCGCAUGAGCUCACGACCGGUCCUGAGAUCAUCGAAGCCGUCGUCUCUACACCCGGGACCGCAGAGCGGCCCUCUUCAGGCAAGGUCGACGCCCUCGUCGCGGGCGCAGGUACAGGCGGCACCAUCACAGGGCUGUCCCGCGCCGUCAAGAAGACACACAACAAGUCCUGCAUCGUCGUCGGCGUUGACCCCAAAGGGAGCAUUCUUGCGCUCCCCGAGGCGCUGAACACUUCCGACGCGGGUGCGGCGUAUGUCGUGGAGGGCAUCGGGUACGACUUCAUCCCGGACGUGCUCGCGCGCGCGGAGGUCGACGCGUGGCUGAAGACGUCCGACGAGGAGGCGUUCGCGGCCGUCAGGAAGCUCAUGCGCAGCGAGGGCCUGCUCGUCGGCGGGAGCAGCGGGAGUGCGCUGAGCGGGGCGCUGAAAUGGUUAAAGGAGGAUGAGACGGGUAAGAGGAUCGCGCGGACGAAGGGGGCGAACGUCGUGGUGUUGUUGCCCGAUGGCAUCAGGAACUACAUGAGCAAGCCGUGGUUUCUCAAGAUGGCGCUCGAGGCGGAGCCGACACCGCUCGCGCACACGAUCGCGAGCAUCCUCAAGCCCGGCCAGCUAGAUGAGGGCGCGGAUGUGCAGAUCGCCAGCGUGAACGGGAUUGUGAACGGGAUCUCGGAGCGUACGCAGGUUGAGGUGCCGGACCGGCCCAAUGCGAGGGACGAGAAGGCUUGAGUUCAUCAUCGGUCUGGAAGUUUCGUUCAUUGAGGCGGAUUUGUCCGUUUUACUCCUAGUCUAGAAUUCGUUAUCGUUCUACGUAUCUUCGCUCGGACUGUCGUGUUUCGCCCUGUGUCAACUUAGACUUGGAAUGUGCAUGCAUCUUGCCCACACCGGA